AUCAAAAUAACAGAAAAAUCGGGAGAGGGAAAAAGAAAGACCCCCCUUUAUAUUUGAAACGAGAAAAGUGCAGUGCCGAAAUAAGCUAAGCGAAAAAUAGCGAGAAAACGCGCAGAUAAAUGAAAUGAAAAGUUAUAAAUAAAUAUAUAUGCCAUGCGGCUGGGUGGAAGAAGAAGAAGAAGCAGCAGCAAGGGACGUGAUUUCUCUUUUUCGCCUGUCCGUUCUUUCGACCCUUCUCUUUCGCACCCGCAGCAUCCCACAAAAGUAACGAAAAAAAAUUCAUUCACAGCGCACAUGUUUUUGUGGCCAUUGCUGUGUUGUUGCCUUUGCCGCCUCCGUUUCGCCUGCUCGUUUAUCCUGCCAUCCUUUUUGGCCGCUCUCCAAAGAUUCUGAUUCGAUUUUUCCCACUCAUCUGGCGCUCUCUCACUCUCCCAGCUUCUUUGUUUGUCCGCUUUUCGCAAAACAUAUAUAAAAUUGUAUUAAAAUCGGUAAUAAAUGCCUGAAAUAAACCCAAAUAACCAGAUGAUGAAUUUCAGUUUCAUAAGUUAAAGCGCACGGAACACUAGGGAAAAGUGCAGACGCGCGAAAAAAAGUAUCUCAGGGAUGCGUAGUAACGCAGACAAUCAAACCUCUUUGUGUGUGAUCAAAUAUCGAAAAACAGACAACAAAAAUACAGUCAACGUUGAAUAAAAUGAACUUUCAAAGGAGUUAAUCUUGUUCUUUUUGCAAAAAUUACAGUAGGCACAUUGUAAAGUAAACUUGUUCAAAAGCAAAUUUAAAUUUAACAAAUUUCGAUGAAUAACAUUGUUAACAGAACUUUUGAAACUUCAUAUAUAACUUAAUUUAAAAAUAAUGUAAUUUAUUGACUUAUUGGACAAAUGAUAAAUAAAUGAUAUGAUUUCUUAUCGAAAAAUUGAUAACUAGAAAAUGUUUGUUAAAUUUUUCUCAUUGUAUUUACAAUGUCAACAUAGUUUGAAAUUAUCGUUUGACUUAAUUUCCGUUCAGAUAAGGUCUUAUGAACUUUAUUUAAGCAAUUAUUGUAAUCAAAGAAAGAAGUUCAAACUAGAAGAAUAUGUUCAAAAAUCCACUAAUUUUUGUAGCAAAUAAGAAAAAAUAGAUACAGCUUAAUUUAUAUUCUGAAACUAGUUCGUUUUCUAAGAAAAAUAAAGAACAAAUUAGAAAAUAUAAAAAAAAUAAAAAAAUCAAUUUAAUUCAACUUUUUACUGUUGUUUGUAAUUCAUUUAGAAAGCAAAGAAGGAAACUUAAAAAGCGUUAUAUAAGACUAUCAAUCCAAAAUCAGGAUGCAAAGCACUCGUAAUAAUCGCCGAAACUGCAUUAGUUUUUACUGUAACUGUCUGACGAUGCCGCCCCCUCUUCGUUUCCUCUUGCUUGCUCGCCUCUUUCGCAUCAUCUCUUUUGUCUCGCGUUUGCGCCGUCUUUUUUGCGCAUUUCUCUUUGGUUUGCUGUUUCGGUUCUGUUUUCGUUUCGAAAAAUUAAAAUAUCCAGGGAGUUUUCAGUUUCCCAGGAGCCCGAAAAGCCACCCCUAUAAAAACAACAAACAAGAAUUUGUACUUUAUAUCGCCUCUCGUCCCCUCUUUUUCGCUCAGUCGCGCCCCAUCUCGCUCGCUCGCACGUGCGACAUUGAAAAAUAUAAUAGUUUUGCGUGUGCUGAGAAAUAAUAUCCUAUAAAGUGCAAAAUCGUGUUCCAAAUAUUAUUUAUUUUUCUUUCUUAUUUCUGACUUACUUAUUUUGUAGUCAAAGUGAAUCUUACAACAAAAAAAGAAGGAGAAACAAAAUUGUGCCAAAAACUAAGAAAAUAAUCAAAAUAAAUCAAAUAGAUAUCUGAAAACAAGAGAAAUAUUUGCAAAACAGAGAAUAAAGUGAAAGAAAAAUAGUGAACUACCCCUGUUGUUGGCCAACCCCCUGCAAAUACACGCAGAGAAAUUGUCGAGUGCAAAACAAGAGAGGAGUAACAUCAUUUGCGACGCCACUGUGAACAUAAAAAGCCGUCAAACUGUGGGGCUCAGGGGCAUUUUUUCUUCCUCCGCAAGGAAUGUAUUAUCCGCACAUGGUGCAGGCGGGUGUGGCGCCUUUCCCGGGCGCUCCGGCCGGCUAUGCCGCCGCACCAAAUCCGGCAGCGGCGGCUGUUGCAGCAGCGGCCGCCGCCCAGCAGCAGCAGCAGCAACAACAGCAGCAGCAACAGCAGCAGCAGGCCCAGCAACAACAACAACAACAGGUGCCAGGCGGACCGCCCACAGCUGCCGACAGUCUGUCAAUGGCGGUGGCAGCAGCCGCGGCCAAACAGGCUGUUGAGCCAGUGACCCAAAUAAAAACGGGAGGCGGAGGCGAGGUCGCAGGAGCUGCCAACAACAACAACAACAGCACAGCUGGGGCGGCAGGAGCGCCAGGAUCCGCCGGUGGAUUGACCACAGAAUAUUCAACUGGCUGUGGGGGCGGUGGUGCAUCAGCGGCCAAUUCAGCGGUGGUGGCCACCAGUGUUUCCGACGUACACGUUUCGAUGUACAUUCAACAGAAGACAAAUCUGUCAACACAAACACAGACACAGUACGAGUACGAGUACAAUGGAACCAGCCUCGCAGAACCAAGAGUCCCAGGUCCCAUUCCGCUUCCACUGACAAAUGGACAUGCCAUGGACCAAGUGCAGCAGCCACCAGAACACCAGCAGCAUCUGCAAUCAUCGCUGCCCCCACAAAAUGUGCUCAGCAUAUCCACAGUAUUGAUCGCCAAUGAGGCAGCAGAAUCACAACAGAGCUCCGCCAUGCCCAAUUCUGGAGGUGGCAAUACUGGCGGCGGCGGCGGUGGAGGCGGUGGCACGCCCAGUUCACCGCUCAGCAGCUCCCCGUCCAGCGUAACAGCUUCGCAGGCAGGCGGAUGCGGACUAACCCUCAACGGCAGUGCCAACGAGGGCAGUAUGUCCGGGGACACAUCGCCGGUGGCCAGCGGCGAACCGCUUCUGCAGACGCCGCCCGCCCUCCAACAACAGCAACAACAGCAGCAGCAACAACAACAACAGCAGCUGCAACAGCCGCUCCUGUGCAGCAGUCCCACAUCGAUGCAAUCGGCGGGCACUUCAGUGACGGGCAGCUCGAUAGCAUCCGGCACACUGGCGGCAACCAGCAGCAGUGGAGUUGGACUUUUGCCCACCACCGGAUUGGAUAGCAUUGCCAAUGUUGGAGCAGGUUGUGCCGUGGUGCCGGCCAGCACUUCGCAGGUGAUCGCCCACCUGAAUGCAGCAGCCGCAGCGGCCAGCGGCAUCAUGUCGCCCACGGCCAAUGUGGCCACUAGUCUCAGCAGCGCUCUAGUCCCGGCCCAGUCGGUGCCGUCGGUGGUCGCCUCCCUCGAUGCCAAGAGCCAGCCGAAGCGGCUGCACGUCUCCAACAUACCGUUCCGCUUCCGGGAUCCCGAUCUAAGAGCCAUGUUUGGGCAAUUUGGCACCAUUCUGGAUGUGGAAAUCAUCUUCAACGAGCGCGGCAGCAAGGGAUUCGGUUUUGUAACAUUCGCUAACAGCAACGAUGCAGAACGAGCACGCGAACGUCUACACGGCACCGUGGUUGAGGGACGCAAAAUCGAGGUGAAUAACGCCACUGCACGUGUACAAACCAAAAAAGUGACAACAGUACCCAACGUUGUACUGACCAAAGAUGGUGCCAUACCGGCCCCAGCUCUAGUCUGCGUACAAUGGCCCGAAGCCGCCGUUGCCGCCGCAAUGCGUGGAGUGGCCAUCCAGCGCGGACACGUGGGCGUGGUCGGCGCCGCCCCCUACCAUCAUCCCCAUCAUCCGCAUCAUCAUCCGGCGCUGCUGGCGGCCUCCGCCGCCGCCGCCCAACAACAGCAGCAACGCCAACUGGCCGCAGCCGCCGUGGCCACAGCAGCAGCCGCCCAACAGCAGCAGCAGCAGGCGGUUGUCCAGCAGCAGCAGCAACAAGUUGUGGCCGCCGCCCAGCAGCAACACCAGCAGCAGCAGCAGCAACAACAGGCGGUGCAACAGCAACAGCAGCAGCAGCAUCAACAACAGCAGCAGCAACAUCAACAGCAGCAACAACAGCAGCAUGCCGCCGUAGCCGCCGCAGCUGCCGCUUCGCAUCCGCAUAUGCAUGCCGCCCAUGCCCACGCCCACGCCCACGCCCUUGGCCCCCAGUUGGCGCAACUCCAGGCGGUCGCUGUGCCGUCAGCGGCCAACAGUGCCGCCGCACUGCAGCAAUCGCUGGCCAAUGCACUGGCCCAGAAUCCGAGCGGUAAUCCCAACGCUGCCAUAAACGCCGCCUAUGCCGCUCGCCUGUCGGCGGCGUCGGGCGCCACACAAUCGUCGCAAACGGCCGCUGCUGCUGCGGCUGCUGCUUCCAUGGCCGCGUCGGCCAAUGCGGCCAACAAUGCGGCCGCUUUGCAUGGAUUCGCGCCUGUAUACUAUGAUCCCUUCUUAGCAGCCGCUGCAUCCGCUGAUCCGAAUCUACGCUUCCAGGCAGCCAAACCGGUCACUGAAGUUCCAGCCGCUCAGCCAGCCGCCAUAUUAAAUCGCCGCACUGUGACUACGCUAAACAGUAACCCACAUACGAUCAACCGCAUUCCGGUUCCACAGAAUGUUUUGGCCACUGCUCCGCUGUUAAAGACACCGCUGUCUCAGGCCCAGCAGCAGGCGUACGCCACGGCGGCCACCACCUACACGGCGGUAGCCGCCCGGGCCGCCUAUGGGGCCGCUGCCGCAGCAGCCGCCCAGCCGGCACUCGCCGGCUACGCCACCGUAGCUGGAUAUGCGCGCGAAUAUGCAGAUCCUUAUCUAGGACAUGGCAUUGGACCAGUUCCUGGAUACGGGGCAACCAUGUAUCGCGGUGGAUUCAAUCGUUUCACGCCAUAUUAAGAACAAUCUACGCCAGUCAGCCAAAUAAUGCACUUGAACUACUCUCGAUGAAAAUGCUCAAUAUAUGAACAAAGCAAAGCAAAUAAGUAACUUAGACGUAAAUACUCCUCCCUACGUGCAGUAAGUAGAAGUUACAACUAAACCGAUAGAUGCAGGAUACUCACACCCAACAGCAGACACGGCAACACCAACAACAGACGCUCAAAGUCCUUGGAGAGUUAAAAAUCAAAGCUAAGCAACAAAGAAACAAAAAGAACAUAAACAAAUCAAUGUCGUCCAGUAAAAGCAAAAAGCUAAACCAAAAAGAAAAAUAUACGCCGCUAAAUGCAGUUCUAUGGAGUUUAUAUAAGUAAACCAAACAAAAAGUCAAAAAAAAAUAUUUAAACAUAAAUUCAAAUUGCAAAAUAGUUUUGCAGAGAAUGAAAAGAAAAAUGUGCUUCAUGCGUAGAUUUUUACCAGAACAAAAGCUGAAACUUUGUGCGGCAGAUCAGAAUUUAUAUAUAUAUACAUAUAUAUAUAUAAAUAUUACCGACAUGAUAUAUAGUUAUUACAUAUAGGCAUUGUAUUUGUAUAUCAAAGCAAACCAGGAAAAAGAGCAAUGUUUUUAGGUACUUUUCAUGCUGAAACAUCAUCAAAAGAAUAUAUAAACCCUCGGUUGUUGAUUUUCAUAGCUUCGUUGAACUAAGUUAGUCUUUAUGCUUUACAAAUUAUUCUAAAACAUUAGCAUUGUAGGAUGUAGUAAGGAAAAGUAACAAUGCAGCCACCUUAACAAAUCAAAUUGUAUAUUAUUUGCAAACUGCUGAAGCACAAACAAAAAUAUAUAUUUAUUCGUAUAUACUUUAGAUCGAUAUCUCUAAUUUUGAUUACCCAAAGAAUACUCAUUUCUGUAUUGUACUGUAUUGUCAACGAAUUUAAUUUUAAUGCAUUGCUUGGUUGUUCCUAAUUAUUUUAUAUUUUGGCAGCUAAAACAACUGACACUCAACUCACGACUCAAUUCGAAUUGCUCAAAAAAUUGUAGCGCAUAGGUAAAUGCAAAAGAUCAACACGUAGACAUAUCCUUGGAAUAUACAAUAAUAUUUACUUUAAAUGCCGCCAUAGCAGCAAAGCGACAAAAAAAAAGAAGAAAAAAUGAGAAAAAAAUAUUAGUUUUAAAAAGUCAAGCUUCCAGUGACAAAAAGCCAUUGAUGAAUAAUGUGGAAAUCGAAUAAUAAGCAUUAAAAAUUACAAUUUUUAGCUCUUACUCCGUAGCACUUUCCUUGUGUGUUGUGUAAAGAAACAAAAGAAAAAAAAACAAAAAAUUGAAAAAAGAAACGUCGUUUCGGUGUUGUUCAUUUUCGGUAUAGACCGAAGCGAAACUUCCCCAAGCAAACUAAGAAUUUAUUUUAUACACACUCGAAUCUAAUGCACACACAAAACAAAAAUGAAACCAAGAAACUUUUAACGUUGUGUAUUUUUCAAAUGUUAACGAUUAAAUGCUCAAUGGAAAACAACCAAACAAAAGGACGUCGUUCUCUAUUUUGAUUCUUAGGCAGCUACUGUCGUCAAAUUUAUACUAGUUGUUUAUCAACCAUACUAUGCUAAACAAAAACAAGCUACUAAUUAUUGUGUGUGUGUAAUCGUGCAAUUCUUUAGGUGUUCUUCGAAUUUCCUUAAAAACCUACUACCAAUUACUUGAAAUGAGGGAAUAAGAAAGGAAUGAAAAAUUCAUCAACUCCAAAGAGCUUCAACUUUGACGAUUUAUUUUUAUCUAAUCACUUAGCAACUGUCUCAGAUUGUACAUAUUUAUGAUGACUUAUGGUAUUUUUCCUUAUUCCUCUCAACGCACACACAAACAACACACGCACAGGCUAGGAUCCUGGGAAAUCGAAGCAAUUUAUGGCAUACUCACAUUUGUACCCUCAUUAUGGUGUACUUUUUGUUUGAUUCUCUCUUAUGAUCAUGCAUUGAUAUACUAUUUUUACGUUGACAUUUUUAAAGCCAAAGUUUAUAUUUUAAAUGAUUUUUAGUUAGGUAUUAGUUUAUAUGCUGACGACAGACACAAAUGGAUAAGUAAAUGAUUACGAACUAAAGGGAAAACAAUAAAGAAAAACAAAUCGAACCCAACAAUUGCCAAAUUAAUCGUAGCUUUCAACUGAAUUAUAAAAUAAAGACGUAAUUAAAUUUAAUGAAUUUUUCAACUAGCGCAAAAAUAGUUUGCCAAAAAGCGUAGCAUACUUUUUGGCCCACCCCGAUCACACACCGGAAAACAAAACAAACAGAAAUUUUUGGGUUUGAUGAGCAAAAGCAAGAGGAAAACCAUCUAGUUAUAAAACAAACUUAAAUAUAAUACGGUACGGUAUAUACAUUUAAAUUAUGAACUCAACUUCCACCGCAAACUUUUAAAACAAAUAAAAAACAAAACUAAGAAAAACACAAUUUUUGUCUUAAGCAAUGCGUUGAGGAAAGUCAACCUACAAUUAAAUUAUAAAUGCAAACGCAACUCAAUCAAACACUGCAGCUAUAUAAUAACAUACGAUAUAUGAUGUAUAUGAUAAAGUCUUCAUUUAACCCGAUCCAUUUUGUGACCCCCAAAAAAAAAACUGUAAUCUGUGUAGUCUAACCGUAAGCCAGCGCCAGCUUUUGUUUACUUUCACAUAGAUCAGAUGCCUAGGCGUCAUAUAAAGUAUAAAUAUAAAGUAUAUAAAUAUAUAUUAUAUGGAAACUCUAAUCUUUAAUGAUGUGCCAAAUUGUAAGUUGUACCAUUUGUUUUUAUGAGCAAAUGCAAAACACAAAUUGAAAUAAAAAUAUGAAUUAAAACAUAAAA